AUGACGAUCCAUCUCAGUCCGCAUGUGUUACCGGAUUUGGGGGCCACGGCGGCGAACAAUUCGGCCACGUCGACGGCGGGUAACCCUCGCUGUAUGCGACGGUAUCUGAGCGGAUAUAUGCUGAGAACAAGGGCGAGUUCCCCCAACACGACAGACUUGAUCCGCGAUAACGACAACAUCGAGCGUUUCCGCAGAGGGACAGAGUGA